GGGUAUCCGAUUACUGGCAACUCAUUUAUUACAUUACUGCUACAUGAAGGAGUUAAGGAGUGAAGUUCGAUGCAUGGUUGGUGAUAAUUGUUUUUAUUUGAAAUCUGGCUGAGCGGAGGCGUAUGAACAGCAGUCAACCCUUCUCAAAGAAAGAGUCGGUGUUCCUUUAAAGUUAUGACCGCUGUGCAAGACUACUCCUGCUUGUUCCAGUCGACUGAAGAACAGCCGGAGCCAAUCAGCGCCGAGGUGAAAGGCAACCUCCCAACCUGGCUGACCGGGACCAUGAUUAGGAAUGGUCCUGGACGAUUUGAGUGCGGCGACACUUCUUUCAACCACUGGUUCGAUGGUCAGGGACUUUUGCAUCGCUUUCACAUAGAGAACGGUGAGGUGACCUACAACAACAAGUUUGUACGCAGCGAAAGUUAUGCGGACACCAGAGAACGCAAGAAUUCCAUCCAUCUGGAAUUUGGUUCAUUCAUUGCUCCAGACCCGUGCCAGAAUAUCUUUUCCCGCUUCGUGUCGAAGUUUUUUAAAGACGAAGUACCUUUUGAUAAUGCGUUUGAUACCGUGUUCACACUGAAAAACAAAAUUUAUGCAGCGGCUGAUUCCAACAUCAUAUUUGAGAUCGAUCCCAAGACGUUGGAGACUGUGAGGAAAGUCGACUACGCCAAGGAAUUUCCAGGUGACGCAAAGAUCAAAUUUACAACAGCUCAUCCACAGUGCGCAGAAGAUGGUUCAAUGAUCAACAUCUCGGUCACGCAUGCCCAAAACUCUACUUACGACGUCAUAGAGAUACCACCUUGUAAUGGAGCCCAAGACGAGCAUCCUUUAGAGGGGGGUAAAUUACUUUACUCUAUCCCACCUACGAGCGGAGUUGCGUACAUUCACAGUUUCUGCAUCACUGAGAAUUAUGUGGUCGUUCCCGAAACACCUCUGGUACUGAAUCUCUGGGAGGCUUACACUCGCAAAUUCAAGGACUCCAGUGUUGCCGAGUGGUUUCAAUGGAAGCCAAAGCAACCCACCAGGUUUCACGUGGUGGACAGAAAACAAGGGGCAUACGCCGGCAUCUUCACAGCCGAGCCAUUUUUCGUGUUCCAUCAGGUCAAUGCUUUCGAAAGAGACGGGAAGAUUUAUCUGGAUGCGUCCUGUUUCCAUGACCACACAAUCAUCGAUCAAACCUACCUGCACAAUAUGCGAGCUCCCAUACAGCCAGGCGAGAAAAAACUUGACGUCCCGGAUAUACGCAGAUACGAGCUGCCUCUGGAAGACCUUGGCGAUGUGAAGGCGGGUAGACCUCUUAAAAAAGGAGGACCUAACGGGCUGGAUUACACUUUGUUGUAUUCAGGAAUGGAGUUCCCGCGAAUCAACGAGGCAGAUAACAAUGGGAAGCCUUACAAGUUUGUGUAUGGCGUCGGCGCUGACGAGGAAAAGUGGUUCAGUCAUCUGGUGAAGCUGAACGUGGAGACGAAAGAGUUUGUGACAUGGAAGGAGCCUGGAGGAUUUGCUUCAGAGCCUGUGUUUGUCAAAGCGCCUGAUGGGACGGAAGAAGAUGAUGGCGUGGUGCUGUCAUGCGUGGUGAGUAUCCCUGACCAGACCACUUAUCUGUUGGUAUUGGACGCGAAAGAGUUCAAGGAGCUGGGGCGAGGCGUGGUGAAAGGAAUUACUCCGAUGAGCUUCCAUACGGGAUUUUUCAAUUAGGAAAAAGAACUGAGACUAAUUAGCGAAGUUCGAACGGGAACGCUCUCUCGUUUUAAUGACAUGUUCGUGAACCUUGUUUUGGGCUUCAACUAACCUUGUUUUUGGCUUACCAUAAACGUAAAGUUUAUUCGCCAAGAUUUCGCUGGUAUCAACAGAAACAAUAUUAAUGUUAAGUGCUCCAGCUAUUCAAGGUUUUUUUUUUUUUUUUCUCAGAUCCAGAUCUUGGUGCUGGAGUGAAAUAAUCUUCAUUUUGAGAUUCAGUCGCAUGGCAGUUCUGUUUGAGAGAGUUCUCAACAUGCAACUUUAAUAUUUAAGAGAAAAUCUUAAGGUCAAGAAAUUAUAUCAACUCAGUACUGUGCUAGCUUUGUAAAUUACUUUUGCCAUUCGAAUAUUUUCACAGCACGAUCAAAAAAAAAAAA